UGUUCAUUCAUACUACAAUAUAUUUUCGUCCUUUCUUCGCCUUUACCACCAUCGUUUGUGGUAUUGCCAGUGGCAGCGUUCUUGGCCACCGCAAUCCUUUUGUUCAAAAGUAGCCUGUCCUUUCCCUCAAUUCGAGCUAGUAUUUCUUCUUUGCCGGCUCCGACCCGAGAGCUCCCAAGCGGCGGCACCAAAAGUUACUGUCACCAGCCAUUAGGCUGGACCCCUUAAAAAUGGCCGAUACUUCGUUGAGCCAAACGGACAAGCCAGAUUCAACCACUCAAGUACACCAAGAUACAGAUACCAACACCACACAGCAUCAAAGCACAAGACCCUCCCGUGCUUCGGAAACCAUCACUCGGCAAGCCUUGGCGACCGACUCCUCGAGAAGGUCCUUCGACUCUUAUGGCUUACAGCGAACCCAAUCUGGCGUUGAUGUUGAGCGGGCAGAAAAGGAAUUUGCCGACCUGAGUAGGGAGCUAACUUCCCUCAGUCGUCGCAUGUCAAAGACCCAUUCUAGGCAUUCCGUCCCAAGACCAAGAAAUGACCUCGAGAAAGCAGUCAGUUCGUCAGAUGACACUUCAGACGAUGCCUUUGAUUUGGAGGAAACUCUACGUGGCUCGCGUGAGGCAGACUCCGAAGCUGGCAUCAAAUCAAAGUAUAUCGGUGUCAUCUGGGACAAUCUCACUGUGCGUGGCAUUGGCGGCGUCAAGAACUUUGUCAAGGUCUUUCCCGAUGCUUUUGUCGAUUUUUUCAACGUCCCUGGGACGAUUAUGAGCCUUCUUGGACGCGGGAAACGUGGCAAGGAGUUCAAUAUCUUACACAAUUUCCGAGGAGUUGCAAAGCCAGGCGAAAUGGUUCUUGUCCUGGGCCGACCGGGUAGUGGGUGCACUACCUUCCUCAAAGUCAUCGCAAACCAGCGUUUCGGAUAUACUGCCAUCGAUGGGGAGGUUUUAUAUGGCCCUUUUGACUCCAAUACAUUCGCAAAAAGGUAUCGAGGCGAGGCCGUCUACAACGAAGAGGACGAUGUCCAUCACCCAACUCUAACCGUCGGACAAACCCUGGGAUUUGCCCUGGACACCAAGACCCCAGGGAAACGUCCACCUGGCAUGAGCAAGAAAGACUUCAAGCAGAAGGUCAUUGAGCUAUUAUUGAAAAUGUUCAACAUCGAACAUACAAUCAACACCGUCGUCGGCAACUCCUUCAUGCGAGGCGUCUCGGGCGGAGAGAGGAAGCGCGUUUCAAUUGCCGAAAUGAUGGUCACCCGAGCUACUGUAUGCGCCUGGGAUAACAGCACACGAGGCCUCGAUGCCUCAACUGCAUUGGACUAUGCAAAGUCUCUCCGAAUCAUGACCAACAUCUAUAAGACCACCACCUUUGUUUCACUCUACCAGGCCUCCGAAAAUAUUUAUAAACAAUUCGACAAGGUCAUGGUCAUCGACCAAGGUCGCCAGGUCUUUUUUGGACCCGCUCAGGAAGCUCGUGGAUAUUUCGAGUCUUUGGGAUUUCUUGAAAAGCCCCGUCAAACCACGCCCGACUAUUUGACAGGGUGCACCGAUGAAUAUGAGCGAGAGUACAAGCCCGGGAGGUCACCAGAAAAUGCACCUUCAACUCCAGACUCAUUUGUCGAAGCUUUUAACAAGUCCAUUUUCUCGGAAAAUCUCAAUAAAGAAAUGACAAAAUAUCGGGAAUCCAUUCAGGAGGAGAAACAGAUCUACGAUGAUUUUGCUGCUGCUCAUCAAGAAGCCAAAAGGAGACAUACUCCCAAGAGCUCGGUCUACUCGGUACCCUUCUAUCUCCAAGUAUGGGCUCUGAUGCAACGUCAAUACUUGAUCAAGUGGCAGGACAAGUUCUCCCUGGUCGUCUCCUGGCUCACAUCCAUUAUCAUCGCUAUUGUUAUCGGCACUGUUUGGUUGAAUCAACCUCAGACCUCAGCCGGAGCUUUCACUCGGGGUGGUGUCUUGUUCGUUGCUCUACUUUUCAACGCCUUUCAGGCCUUUUCAGAAUUAGCCUCGACCAUGUUGGGCCGCCAAAUAGUCAACAAACACCGAGCAUAUACGUUUCACCGACCAGGAAGUCUCUGGAUUGCCCAAAUCUUGGUGGACACGGCCUUUGCAGCCGUUCAAAUCAUGGUCUUUAGCAUCAUUGUUUACUUCAUGACUGGCCUUGUCCGAACCCCUGGCGCUUUUUUCACCUUCUUCAUAAUCAUCGUUACCGGCUACUUGUCCAUGACACUCUUCUUCCGAACCAUCGGCUGCCUGUGCCCCGACUUUGACUAUGCUAUCAAGUUUGCUGCCGUCAUCAUCACCUUGUUCGUCAUCACCUCGGGCUACAUCAUUCAAUUCCAGAGUCAGCAGGUCUGGUUGAGGUGGAUCUUCUACGUCAAUGCGCUUGGAUUGGGCUUCGCGUCACUCAUGAUGAACGAAUUCGAGAGGAUUAGUAUGCGAUGCACGAGCGAGUCCUUGAUUCCCAGCGGCCCUGGAUAUGACAACCUUGAUAAUCAAGUUUGCACCCUUCCAGGUUCUGUCGCUGGUUCCCCUGACGUUCUAGGCACGGAUUACGUGAAAACCGGCUUUUCAUACGAUCCCGCUCACCUGUGGCGUAACUUUGGUAUCAUCAUUGUGUUGAUUGCCUUUUUCUUGUUCACCAAUGUCUUCCUCGGAGAAGUCAUGAAAUACGGUGCAGGUGGUCGCACCAUCACCUAUUUUGCAAAGGAAAAUAAGGAACGGAAAGAACUAAACGCCAAGCUACAAGAACGAAAGCGUCGAAGACAAGCAAAACAGGAUGGUGAUGAAGGAUCGGAGCUCAACAUCACUUCCAAAGCAAUCCUAACCUGGGAGAAUCUCACUUAUGACGUCCCGACGCCUUCGGGGCAAUUACGACUGCUCAAAGAUGUGUUCGGCUAUGUUCGCCCUGGACAGCUCACAGCUUUGAUGGGCGCAAGUGGUGCCGGCAAAACCACACUGCUGGACGUGCUGGCCUCUCGAAAGAAUAUCGGUGUCAUUGGCGGCGACCGACUGAUCGACGGUCAGCAGCCAGGAGUCGGCUUCCAGAGGGGUACUUCGUACGCCGAGCAACUCGAUGUCCACGAAUCAACCCAAACCGUUCGCGAGGCUCUAAGAUUCAGUGCCGACCUGCGUCAACCAUACGAAGUGUCUAGAGAAGAGAAGUAUGCAUACGUUGAAGAGAUCCUAAGCCUUCUUGAACUCGAAAAUCUGGCUGAUGCCAUCAUCGGUACCCCCGAAAGUGGUCUCUCAGUUGAAGAGCGAAAGCGUGUGACUAUUGGCGUGGAGCUGGCUGCGAAACCUCAGCUCUUGUUGUUCUUGGACGAGCCUACCUCCGGCCUUGAUUCGCAGUCUGCCUUCAAUAUUGUUCGAUUCUUGCGCAAGCUUGCUGCCGCCGGACAAGCCAUCCUCUGCACCAUUCACCAGCCCAACAGCGCACUUUUCGAGAACUUUGAUCGCCUGCUUCUUCUCCAACGAGGCGGCGAAACAGUUUAUUUCGGUGACAUUGGAAAGGAUGCUCAUGUUCUGCUUGACUAUUUUCACCGAUAUGGCGCAGAUUGCCCACCGGAUGCAAAUCCCGCAGAAUGGAUGCUUGACGCCAUUGGUGCAGGAAUUGCAGCACGUAUUGGCGAUCGCGAUUGGGGAGAGAUCUGGCGAGAGAGUGAUGAGCUUGCCACUGUCAAGGCUGAUAUCAUCGAAAUGAAGAGCCGCCGUCAGAGAGAAAUUUCUAAUGAGCCCCAACUCGAUGAGAAAGAGUAUGCAUCGCCUCUCUGGCAUCAGAUCAAGGUGGUGUCCUCGCGUACACAUCUGGCUUUCUGGCGGUCUCCCAAUUACGGCUUUACCCGUCUUUACAACCAUCUGGCUGUUGCACUACUCACUGGACUGGCUUUCCUCCAACUCGACGACAGCAGAGCGAGCUUGCAAUAUCGCAUCUUCGUCAUCUUCCAAAUCACCGUCAUCCCCGCCUUGAUUCUCGCUCAAGUUGAGCCCAUGUACGAUUUCUCACGGUUGAUUUUCUACCGCGAAUCCGCUGCAAAAGCUUACAAGCAAUUCCCAUUCGCAUUUGCUAUGGUUUGUGCCGAGAUGCCAUAUAGCCUGCUGUGCGCCGUGGGCUUUUUCUUUCCCAUUUACUAUCUCCCGGGAUUCAACAAAGAUUCGUCUCGGGCAGGUUAUCAAUUCUUCAUUGUCCUCAUCACGGAGCUCUUCUCUGUCACUGCUGGACAGAUGAUUGCCGCUCUAACCCCAUCAAGUUUCAUCUCAAGCUUGAUCAACCCUUUCAUCGUCAUCAUCUUUGCACUGUUCUGUGGUGUCGCCGUGCCCAAACCACAGAUCCCUGGUUUCUGGCGAGCUUGGCUAUACCAGCUGAAUCCCUUCACCCGCCUGGUCAGUGGCAUGGUGACCACAGAACUCCACGACCUUCCGGUCGUAUGUCGCAGCGUCGAACUGAAUUCAUUCCCUGCACCGUCUGGACAGGAUUGCGGCGAAUACAUGUCGGAUUUCUUCCAGAAUGGUGGUCUGGGAUACUUGGUCAAUAACGUUACAGAUACAUGCGAAUACUGCGCUUACAAAGUGGGCGACCAGUUCUAUUCUGUCCUGCAAUUGAGCUUCGACGACCGAUGGAGAGACCUCGGGAUCUUUGCAGCUUUCAUCUUCAGUAACCUCUUCUUGCUGUUCAUUGGCAGUCGAUACUUGAACUUCAAUCGUCGAUGAGAAGGUUAAGAAGAUGUUUGUCUGUCUCGAGUCAUGGAGUAUCAUUAUAUGGAGUGGGCGUUGAAGAUCAUAUCUGGACAAGGAGAUGUCAUUCAGCGUUGAACAUAUAAGUGUGCGGCAUAUAUCAACCAAUAAUACCACAUAGCAUAACACCACAUAGCAAGCAAGCAAAGAAAUAUGUAUAUAAUUGACUCAAAAUCAAG